UGUGCAGAAGCAAAACAAACAGCAUAAAACUGUGAUGUGUCAUUGUGAUGAGAGCAGAACUUCUCCAAACGAUCUGAAUUUUUUCAAUUAAAAUAUUUGUGUCAUUCUAUAGAAAACAUUUGCGCAUCUUUAUUUCAAUGUUCUGGUGUUUUUUGAGCUUCACAGUAGCAAUAUCCUAUAAAUUGGACACCGUUUCAUGUUAAAAUGGAAUCCCAAAAAUACACACUCUCCUCAAUGCGGCAGGACAUCAUAGACAACAACUUGCAUGUUAAGGCUAUUAUCCAAGACAUUCUAGCAUAUCGUGGCUCAAUAGCAGAACUGAAUACAUUAAACGAAGCCGGUCGUGGCAAGUUAGCUGCUUUGAGAAAAUGUAUCGAACGCCUGGAUGACUGGGCUCGGGAUGAAGGUGAUCAACAAAUAUUCAAAGAAGUAGACCAGCACCGGGAGCAAUUCUCCAAAACUCUUCAAGCAUUCCGCAAAGCAAACAUAUCAACUAUGCUCGAAAUCGAGAAACAACACAAAGAGGAACUAUUUGCCCUAAGUCCUGAUAGUGAAUUGCGCCAGCGACAUCCUGGGGCAACAUCCACCAACCGCUCCUCUUUACUGUCCCAGCAGGAAAGUGUUACCGAUCGGAUGCGAUCGAUAUCCCAGCAGUUGUCGGAAACCACAAACAAGAGCGCAGCUACGCUGGAAACCUUGAUCUCCUCCAGUGUCAGUGUUGAGGGAACCCGAGACGAACUGCUCACCACUGCCGGGACCAUUUCGCAGUCGGGAAAGUUGUUAAAAAAGUAUGGUCGGCGCGAAUGCACUGAUAAGAUUCUGCUAUUUUUUGCGUUCGCCUUCUUUUUGGCUUGUGUAUUCUACAUCGUGCAAAAACGACUGUUUUAAAAAUAUUUCGUCUUUCUCCAAGACAAAGGCUAUGUUGUGUGCUAUUCAAAUUUUACUACAUGAAAGAUAAGGUACACUAAUUCCAGUUGAUCCAUUCAUUAGUUUAUUUUUCGAUUGUAUUUUUGCUUACUGGAAAAUAAACCGUCAAGCCAUUUGGAUCGCGGAGAAAAUUCAAAAUGGAGACAACUGAAAGCUACUAUUCACCAACAUCCAAAGUAUUUUAGCUAAAUAAACAAUGACAUUAUUCUUCGCUAACAAGUUAUAGCGUAAAUGCUACAAAAACUUGUAUCCGUAAGAAUCGCAUAAAUACAAGUGAAAUUUGCAUCCACUAUUUUGAGCUGCAUACACAUCGUCUAUUUAUUAUAAAGUUAAUCAAAUAAAUAGAUCACAACAAACA